AGCACGAAGGUGCGACUAUGAACCCUUUAACUAAGGUGAAGCUGAUCAAUGAACUGAAUGAGCGAGAGGUUCAACUUGGGGUGGCAGAAAAGGUGUCUUGGCACUCAGAAUACAAGGACAGCACCUGGAUCUUUCUUGGAGGGCUUCCGUAUGAAUUGACAGAAGAAGGCAUCAUCUGUGUUUUCUCACAAUAUGGGGAGAUUGUCAACAUUAAUCAUGUAAGAAACACAAAGACUGGGAAAUCCAAAGGAUUCUGUUUCCUGUGCUAUGAAGAUUAGAGGAGCACAGUUCUGGCUGUUGACAAUUUCAAUGGAAUUAAGAUCAAAGGAAGAACUAUCCUUGUGGACCAUGUGUCACACUACCACGCUCCCCAGGAAUCAGAAGAUGUGAAUGAAGUGACCAGAGAGCUCCAGGAGAAGGGCUGUGGGCCUAAUACACCUCCAUCAAGUUCUCCUGAGGUCUCUGAUUAUGAAGAUGUCAUACCCCCAAAAAAGCACAAAAAAGACCAGACAAAAAAAGAGAAAAAGAAAGAAAAAGAGAAGCCUGAAUGCAAGGUACAAGCAGAGCUGCCAUCCUGUUCUUUGUCCUCCAGAAGCAAGACAUUCAAGGAAGAGGAUGACCAUGGCCCACAGAAGCACAACAGCAAGAACUCAGAGAGAGUGCAGAAGUAUGAUGAUAGAGAGGUGAAGAGGAAUCAUUCAGACACCUUUGAUGUGAGGAUUUCCUUCCAGGGUAGAGCAGAGAACCCUGAGUGGGAGCCAAAGAAAGAGAAACCCAAGCAUGAACAUAAGUCCUCAAGCAGGAGGGAGGAAGAAGAAGAAAAGAGCAGAGAUAAGGAUAGAAAGAAGAGCUCAGGGACGCAUUCCAGCAAGCAUGAUGGGCAUUCUGAAAGUCAGAAUCGUAGGAGUAGAAAUAGGAUUCUGGGUAAGUCUCAUCGUCGUAUAAAGCAUAGACACUCUUGGGAGUGGGAGUCCUUCAAUGCCAGUGAUGGGAGACAUUACUGA